AUACCGCCUUAAAUGUCAAAAAUCUAAAGCAAUACAUACGAUACAUACACACUGAAUUGAAAAUCUUUCUGUUUCUGUGAAGUUAUAAUCAAAUAAGAAAAAAUAAUUAUGGAUGACCCGGAGUUAGACAAGAUUAGACAACAGCGAUUGGCUCAACUUCAGGCUCAACACGGGGGGACAGGUGAUCCGAAUCAUGCUAAACAACAGGAAGAAAGGAUGCAGGCAAUGGAAGAAGCCAAACACACAAUACUUGCACAAGCACUUAGUCAAGACGCCAGAGCCAGACUGAACACAAUUAAGCUGAGUAGACCAGAAAAGGGUGCCAUGGUUGAAAAUAUGAUCUGUAGAAUGGCCCAAAUGGGUCAAGUUCGCAAUAAAAUUACAGAACCAGAACUAAUACAACUCCUAGAGUCGCUGAACCAACAAAUGCCUAAAUCUUCAAGCACUGUGAAGUUUGACAGAAGGAGGGCCGCUCUUGACUCAGAUGAUGAUGAUUUCUAGCACUGCUUAAUUAAGUUUUCUCAUGUCAUAACACUUAUACUGCAAAGUCUUAACAAGAUAUUAAAUGCUUAUUUAUAUGUAA